GGGGUGGGAAAAGGAGGGUGUUGUUGCUGCACCCCUGGCCUCCUUUGCAGCUGCAGGAGAGAGUGGUGGGCAGGAAAAAAUCCUGAAUUUUGGAAGGUGCAUGGACAGCUGACCGGGUAAAAAGGAUGGGGAGAAGCUGGUUCCAAUAAAGGGGGUGGGAAGCAGAAAAGGGGAGGGGGCUCCUCAAGGACCUCCAAACUCAUCACACAUCCUAUUUCCUUCUCUUUUUUUUGCAUCCCAGUGUCAGGUCUCCUUUUCCACUCAGCUGCUCCCUGAUUUGACAAGCGCAGAAGACCCAAGUGGGUGGAUAGUCCAGGCAGCGUUUAUUUCUCUUAGGGCAGGUGGGGGUGCUUUGUUUCAGCCCAUGGGGUGCCACCCCUUUGCGGCUGCCUCCUAGGGGCCACUGACAAGGGUGAUGGGCAGGAGCAGAGGGAAAGUAGAUGUGAUUUUUUUUAGCUUUGUGUAUAAGGGGAGGGGUGGUACCUCUGGUGGGGGCAUGUCAUGCUCCUGGGGUAGUUUGCCCACCUUUGGUCUCCAACCUGCACUCAGCUCCCACCUGUGGCUCCUAGAAGCUGUCAGCAUGCAUACAUUUCAUUCCAAAAUUGUUUAAAAUAAUAUAUGAAAUAUAUGAAGAAAUCAAAAAUAUGUUUAAAAUAUAUUUUAGUAAAAAACCGGAGGCAUUCCUUUUAGGUAUAAUCACAAACGAUAUUCCUGACAAUCAUAGUAUUCCUGUGGGUAUUCCUAGUAUUCCUCUACGCGACAACAGCUGCCAGGAUGCUCAUAGCAAAAAAUUGGAAAGGGAGAAAAAUUCCACCAAUGAAAGAAUGGCAAAUUAAAUUUUGUGAAUAUAUAAAUCUGGCAAGACUCACAGCAUUCAUAAGGGGACAAUCGGACCAUAAAUUAUUAAAAGAAUGGGGAUGUGUUAAAGAGUAUAUGAAAAAAACAUUGUUCUGGAGUAAGCCUAUCGGUAUGUGAUGAAUGAUGCUUUGCAGGGGUAAAGAAAGAGAAAAAUGGUGUAAAAAGUAUAAAGAUAGAGGUAAUCUAUAUUAGACACAAAAACUUAGAAAGAGUAAAAAUUUUGAGGUCUUAGAACAAAGGAAGGAAGUCAAUAUGUGUAUAUGUAUGUAAUGACUAGAUUAGAAUGAUGAUACCGUUUUAUUUGUAGAUGUGUGUUUCUGUUUUUUUGUGUUCUUUUUUCUCUGCGUUUUGUUUUUCUUGCUUGUACUGUUUUAUUUUGGAUUCAAUGUUUGUAACUUUUGUUGUAAUUUUGCACUGAAAAUAAUAAUAAUAAAAUUUUUAAAAAGCUGUCAGCAUGCAACAGCAGCCACAGACCUGGGAAAUGUAUUUGACUGGCUGACUAAACCAGGUGAGCGUAGUCGAUGGGUCUCAAACCCUUGGUCAGUUAGGGGCUUCUCCUGCAAGUAAAGACAAGCUCCGUGGAACAGAUGAGACCAAGAAUGGGCCCAACAGUCAAGAAGGUGGUUUCUGCACGUGCUGUAGAGGGAAGUGAGGGGCAGAUGGGGCUCCCCCACCUGGGAAGGCAGCCCAUCUGGGAGAAGGAAAGCUCUGAUUCUAAACCUCCGCUGCCUUGGGGGAAAUCUGUUGUAGGGAUAAAACAAAGAGAGGGGAAGCUCAUAAGCCCCCUUGCUUCUUCCUGACUCUUUAAGAGUUCUGGGAUCCGAUGAAGGCAAUCUUACAUCAGGCGCUGACAGUUCACCUUGUGCUCGUUCUCCUUUUCUUUCUCGUUGAUCUCUUCCCCCAUUUUUGUAGGUCGACGCACCUCUUUUGCGCGAGGGAUGGAAAUGGAGGAGCAAGAACUUGCAGGUCCCACCUCAGCGGAAGGAAAAGGAAAAGCCCAUCACGUCCUCCAGGCUAGGGGUGUCGGGGAAUUCCUGCAGAGGAGACCCCGGGGAGCUGUGAAGCGGGAACCGGCUGAGGACUCCCUCCAUCACUGGGAAGCCCAGUGGCGGGAGUUCCUAAGGACGGUGGAGACCCCCAAAGAAGUGUGCUGGGCAUCCCCUCCGCCACCAGAAGAGCCCAGCCCCUGGGACGACGCCAAGGCCUUCCUGGCCUCCUUCGAGCAAGUGGCCGAAGCCUGCCGGUGGCCCACGGAGGACUGGACUGCCCACCUCCUGCCGGCCAUCAGCGGAGAGGCCGAGCGGGCCUUUAUCGGCUUGGAGGCCAGAGACAGGGAGGAUUAUGGGAAAGUGAAGGCGGCCAUCUUGCGAGGGGACGCCAUGAAGCGGGAGAAGAACCGGCAGCGCUUCCGGCGCUUCUGCUACCAGGAGGCCGAGGAGCCGAGAGGGGCUUACAGGCGGCUCCAGGAACUCUGCCGCCGGUGGUUGAGAUUCGAAAGGCACUCCAAGGAGCAGAUCCUGGAGCUGCUGAUCCUGGAGCAGUUCCUGGCUAUUCUGCCGCCAGAGAUCCAGGGCUGGGUGAGGGAGUGCGGCCCGGAGACCUGCUGCCAAGCUGUCACCCUGGCGGAGGAUUUCCUGCUGAGGCAGCGAGAGGCCGAGAGGCAGGUAAGCCAGGUGAGGCCACUUGGCAGAAUUCGUUGCCAGGUUGCAGGUGAGACAUACUGAAGUUGGUGGUGUUGAAAGUGCAACUGCAGUGUGGGUCGACGUAUGCUCCGGGUGAGGCACAAACUCACAACCUCGGAGAGCUAGUGUGGCGUAAGGGUUAGAGCAGGGGUCAGCAAACUUUUUCAGCAGGGGGCCGGUCCACUGUCCCUCAGACUUUGUGGGGGGCCGGAUUAUAUUUUGGAAAAGAAAAUAUUAACAAAUUCCUAUGCCCCACAAAUAACCCAGAGAUGCAUUUUAAAUAAAAGCACACAUUCUACUCAUGUAAAAACACGCUGAUUCCCAGACCAUCCACGGGCCAGAAGGUGAUUGGGCCGGAUCCGGCCCCCAGGCCUUAGUUUGCCUACCCAUGGGUUAGAGUGUCAGACUAGGACUUGGGAGACCAGGUUUCGAAUCCCCACUCGGCCAUGAUGAAGUUUGCUGGGUAACCUUUAAAAUUCCUAAUAGAAAAGCCUCUGGUUAUUUUAAACAUUUUUUUCAAUUCAUUAUAUAUCAUUUCCCAGAAUGCUUUUAUUACCUUACACAUUCACCACAUAUGAUAAAAGGUGCCUUCUUUUUCUUUACAUUUCCAACAGAUAUUUGUACCUGAUAAUUGCUAACUUAAAAAGGUAAAGGGACCCUGACCAUUACUGGCCGACUCUGAGGUUGUGGCGCACAUCUCGCUUUACUGGUCGAGGGAGCCGAUGUACAGCUUCCGGGUCAUGCGGCCAGCAUGACUAAGCCGCUUCUGGCAAACCAGAGCAGCACACGGAAACGCCAUUUACCUUCCCGCCGAAGUGGUACCUAUUUAUCUACUUGCACUUUGACAUGCUUUUGAACCGCUAGGUUGGCAGGAGCAGAGACUGAGCAACGGGAGCUCACCCCGUUGCAGGGAUUCGAACCGCCAACCUUCUGAUCGGCAAGUCCUAGGCUCUGUGGUUUAACCCACAGCGCCACCUGCGUCCCUUAUAUUUGCUAACUUACUUGGUGUUAAAUACCAACAGUACAGUACAUCAUUUUGAUAUAAUUUUCCUUCAGCGUACAGCAUGCCAUGAAAUCACAGCAAGUUUUCUGGGUACCCUUGGGUCAGUCACUGUCUCUCACCCUAACCUACCUCACAGGGUUGUUGUGGGGGUUAAAUGAGAUGGGGAAGAUCCAUUUACGCCACCUCGAGCCCCUUGGAGGAAAAGGUGCAAUAAAUAAAAACCAUAAAUUAUAAAUGCAAGUACUCCAUUAGGUUUUCCUCUAUAAGGAGUUCUAUUUUCUAGGGAAACUCAAUCUUAAUUUCUCCUUCAGGAUUUUUGGUGGGGGUUUUUUUUUGGGGGGGGGGAGAAUAAUUAACACCUUAUUACUCACCUUCCCGGCCAUGUUGCUUGCUUGUUUUUAUUUAAGCCAUUUAUAUGCUGCUUAAAUGCAGUAGUCUCUAAGUGGUUUUCUAAGAUACAGUACAGGAAAGGUAAACAUCAGUUAAAAGUAUAAAAUCAGACUUAAACUGCCUGCUAGAAUUUUUAAAAAAAAUGUCUUUAGGGAGCACUGGAACUUCAGCAGGGGAUAUGUGCUGGCGGUAGUCUGUCCCCAUCAACAGUCCGCAUUUUACACCAGCUGGAGCCUCCAGACCAGGCCCAAGAAUGUCCCCACAUGGAGCACAUUGAAAUACCGUAUUUUCCGCCCUAUUGGACGCACCGGCCCAUAGGACGCACCUAGGUUUUUGGGGGGGAAAUAAAGGGGGGGAAAUUAUUCCCCCCCCCAGCCGCGGAUGUCUGCCCGAAGCAUGGGCUCCCCAGGCUUGCUGAUAGCUUCCUGAAGCCUGGAGAGCGAGAGGGGUCGGUGCACACCAACCCCUCUCGCUCUCCACGCUUCAGCGAAAGCUUGCAUUCGCCCCAUAGGACGCACAUAGAUUUCCCCUUCAUUUUUGGAGGGGAAAAAGUGCGUCCUAUAGGGCGAAAAAUACGGUAAUUGCGUCUGGAGUCUAUCGACGCUUGGAUCACUGUGGUCAGGCUACCCCUGUCCAAGAAUGGCUGCAGUUGGCUUCCUGACCAUAGCUGGUAAAAGGUACCGCUAGCCAUAGAGGCCACCUCAGCUUCCAGUUCUCUAAAUCUGCCUUUCUCAACCUGUGGGUCCCCAGAUGUUCAUAGAAUCAUAGAAUCAUAGAGUUGGAAGAGACCACAAGGGCCAUCGAGUCCAACCCCCUGCCAAGCAGGAAACACCAUCAGAGCACUCCUGACAUAUGGUUGUCAAGCCUCUGCUUAAAGACCUCCAAAGAAGGAGACUCCACCACACUCCUUGGCAGCAAAUUCCACUGUCGAACAGCUCUUACUGUCAGGAAGUUCUUCCUAAUGUUUAGGUGGAAUCUUCUUUCUUGUAGUUUGGAUCCAUUGCUCCGUGUCCGCUUCUCUGGAGCAGCAGAAAACCUUUCUCCCUCCUCUAUGUGACAUCCUUUUAUAUAUUUGAACAUGGCUAUCAUAUCACCCCUUAACCUCCUCUUCUCUAGGCUAAACAUGCCCAGCUCCCUUAGCCGUUCCUCAUAAGGCAUCGUUUCCAGGCCUUUGACCAUUUUGGUUGCCCUCCUCUGGACACGUUCCAGUUUGUCAGUGUCCUUCUUGAACUGUGGUGCCCAGAACUGGACACAGUACUCCAGGUGAGGUCUGACCAGAGCAGAAUACAGUGGCACUAUUACUUCCCUUGAUCUAGAUGCUAUACUCCUAUUGAUGCAGCCCAGCAUUGCAUUGGCUUUUUAGCUGCCGCGUCACACUGUUGGCUCAUGUCAAGUUUGUGGUCAACCAAGACUCCUAGAUCCUUUUCACAUGUACUGCUCUCAAGCCAGGUGUCACCCAUCUUGUAUUUGUGCCUCUCAUUUUUUUUGCCCAAGUGCAAUACUUUACAUUUCUCCCUGUUAAAAUUCAUCCUGUUUGUUUUGGCCCAGUUCUCUAAUCUGUCAAGGUCGUUUUGAAGUGUGAUCCUGUCCUCUGGGGUGUUAGCCACCCCUCCCAGUUUGGUGUCAUCUGCAAAUUUGAUCAGGAUGCCCUUGAGUCCAUCAUCCAAGUCGUUGAUAAAGACGUUGAAUAAGACCGGGCCCAAGACAGAACCCUGUGGCACCCCACUAGUCACUCUUCUCCAGGAUGAAGAGGAACCAUUGAUGAGCACCCUUUGGGUUGUUGAACUACAACUCCCAUCACCCCUAGGUAGCAAGGCCAGGGCUCAGGGAUGAUGGGAGUUGUAGUCCAACAACAUCUGGGGACCCACAGGUUGAGAACCGAUGCUCUAAAUGCUAGGGGAUGAUGGGACUUUUAGUCUAGCAGAAACCAGAGGUUCACAGGUUCCUCAUCCCUGAUAUAGGAGACAGAGAGGAGAGGAGAUAGCCACCUUCAAACAUCUGAAGGGCUGUCCCAUGGAAGAUGGAGCAAGCUUGUUUUCUCCUGCCCCGGAGCGUAGGGCCAGAACCAAUGGAUUCAAGUUACAAGGAAGGAGUUUCCGACGAAACAUCAAGAAUAACUUUCUGACAGUAAGAGCUGUUUGACAGUGGAAAUGUCUCCCUCAGGAGGUUGUGGACUCUCCUUCCUUGGAGGUUUUUAAGCAGAGGUUGGGUGGCCACCAGCUUUAGCUGAGUUUCCUGCAUUGCUUGGGGUUGGAGACCCUUCCAACAAUUCUGUGAUCUAAAAAAGGUUCUUCUCUGCUGUUUCAGGUGGUCUUUGAGAAGGCAGCUCUGAGUUCCUCUGAGGCAGGCCAGGCCCCAUCUGAGGUCGAGCAGAGGCAGCUGUGCAGGGAGGCCAAGCAAGAAUAUGACGACGAUAUCGACGAGGAAGAGGCCGGCCUGCUGGGUAAGGAGGGACAAGCCUUGCUUGCGCCCAAGUUCUUCAGCGCUCUGUAGUUGCUCCCUUGGCAUUGCAGGGGGCUGGGCUGGAUGCUACAACAGGCAGAAAAUUCAUAAAGUGGUCAGCCAAGACCCGAUCUUCAAGUGCUUCACAGGACAAGACAUUUGGGGAGUCACCCCUGCUUUAUUGCUUUGUAGAUCAGAAUUGUGGAACUCUAGAUGUUGCUGGACUAUAAUUCCCAGCAGACCUGACCAUUGGCUGUGCUUGCUGGGAGCUAUAGUUCACCAGCAUCUGGAGGGCUUUUCCAUUCCUCACCUAUUUGCUAAUGAUCACCUCUGCUAAUUAGAGUCUCUUGCUAGUUCUUUGCCUUUUUUAUAUACAUUUUUAUUAUUUUUUUAACAUAGUAAUUCCAACAUUCAUACAGCUUAACCCAGUGAAUAUCUCAGUGCAUGAAACAGUUCUUCUGGCUAUGCUAAGUCAGUGAAUUCAAUAUGCUUACGAUAAGAAUCCAGUCUUGUGCUCAUGUCUAUCUGGGCUAAAGCCCUAGAACCUGCAUUAAUGAUUAUCUGUCAAGUAGUAAAACCCUUUGAAUGUUGAAUAGUUGGUGCCACGGACACACUGUUAAAACCAUGUUCAUGGAAGACAAUCUUACUCGGCUACAAGUGAUCACCAAAGAAAGAGGAUGAUGAAGAGUUGGUGCCAACCCUUGACCUGUUUGCUCCUGCUUCCAUCAUCUGUAACUCUCUGGGUGGCCAUCUGGGGACCUGCUAGGCUGCGGGGAACUGGGCCUCUUCCUUGAAGUCCAGUCUCCUACAAUGCCAAGUAAAAAUGGUUCUGGUUUCUUAAUAAAUGUAUAUUUCAACAACUUUUUCAUCACAUUAUAUAUCAUUUCCCAGAAGUUUUUCACUUUUUUACAUUCCCACCACAUGUGAUAAAAUGUCCCUUCUUUUGCUAGUUCUUUGCCUUUAUCCCAGCAGGAGCUGUGUGGGACGGCGAGAUCGAGGGGGAGCCAGACGCAGCAUCUUCAGAAACACUUCUGCAUCAGGAGGUGGAAGAGCACUCUGAAGAUCGAGGCAGGCCAAACAGGCAGCCGAGAAGGAAUCUGGAACCAAACGAGAAGAGGAGGAAUAAGUCCGUCGCCAUUCAGGUCGGCAACUUCCACGAAUUCCUCAGCCAGCAGAAGGGAAAGAGGCCGAACAAGUGCCUUGUGUGUGGCAAAAGCUUCAGCUGCAAAUCGAGCCUGAAGGCCCACCAGAGAGUCCACACGGGCGAGAAGCCGUACAAGUGCUCCGAGUGCGGAAAGAGCUUCAUCCAAAUGUCAAACCUUACUGCACACAAAAGAACCCACACAGGGGAGAAGCCCUACACCUGCUCGGAGUGCGGAAAGAGCUUCAGCCGGAGCGACCACCUGACUUUACAUCAGAGGACACACACAGGGGAGAAGCCGUACAUGUGCGCCGAGUGCGGGAAGAGCUUCAGUCAGAGCACCGACCUCACCUCACACCAGAGAAUCCACACCGGAGAGAAGCCUUACAAAUGCUUGGCGUGCGGGAAGAAUUUCAGCCGGAGUUACCGCCUCACUAUCCACCAGAGGAUGCACACAGGGGAGAAGCCGUAUAAAUGCCUGGAGUGUGGCAAGAGCUUCAGUCGGAGUGACCAUCUCACUUCACAUAAGAAAAUGCACCCGGGGGAGAAAUCAUAAAAAUGAAGCUUUCCUCACACAUAGAACAGUCACGGCUACCCUGUCUGGGAACCCUCUCACAAUGGAGAAACUAUAAAUGCUCAGAGUUUAGCAAAAAAAAAAAAAUCUGUUACAGUAGAACCUCAGUUUUCGAAUGUAAUCCGCUCCGGAAGACCGUUCGACUUCCAAAACGUUCAAAAACCAAGGCGCAAAGGGCGGUCUGCAAUUUGAACGGAGAAAAUUGAAAAUACCUCAGCAGAAGCCGUUCAACUUCCGAGGCGCGUUCAAAAACAGAAGCAAUUACUUCCGGGUUUUCGGCAUUUGAAAACUGAAACGUUCAGCUUCCGAGACGCUCGAAAACCGAGGUUCCACUGUACUUUAAAUAAGGUCUGGUGAUGGGGGUAGGGUUUGUUUCAAAAAUUGGAAUCGAAGCAGAACAGAUCCUGAGGACAGCAAACGUUUGAAAAUAUCCUGCCAAUUCUCCAGCAAGCAAUUAAAUUGCCAAAGGAGGCAGUUUUCCAGCUGCUUUCCAGAUAUAUAAAAGUUUUGUGUCAGCAGUCACCUUAUGCAAAAACUACAUAAAAAGAAAGUUUUCCUUGAUUUUUUUUUUUAAAAAAAAACAUUAUGUACUGUUAUAUUCACCUCGUAUUUCUUUAAGCAGGCAGCAAACUGUCCUUUACAGAUCUUUCUCCUCUGGAUAGAUUUGCAUGCUGAUAUGUAAACGUGUUCAGGGUUGGUUUUAAGCAACAACAAAAAUAAACAAUGUUAAAACGUUUCUCAGAGGAGGUUGUGCUUUGUUGGAGUGGUUCCCAGAGGCAGUAGUGCUUCUGAAUACCAGUCACUGGAAACUACAGGAGGAGAGAUUUGCUGCUAUACUCAGGUCCUGCUUCCAGGCUUCCCAUCAGGUCAUCUGCUCAGUCCCUGUGAGAAAAGGAUACUGGACUAGAUGGGCCCUUGGCUCUUAUGCUCUUAUAUGUGGUCUGUGAGAUGGAUUCCGGUGGCCUGCGGCAGUAUCUGUGGAUAUGUGGUUGAAGCCGGGAUGUGACACAUUCCAUCUCAUUCCAAACAUGGAUAAUAAAAAUAAUAAUUUUAUUAUUUAUACCCCACCCAUCUAGAUGGGUUUCCCCAGCCACUCUGGGCAGCUCCCAACAGAAUAUUAAAAACACGGCAAAACAUCAAACAUUAAAAACUUCCCUAAACAGGGCUGCCUGCAGAUGUCUUCUGAAAGUCAGAUACAGUGGUACCUCGGG